GAGCUGCUAUCAUGAUUGAUGGAUUGAUUGUCUUGAAUAAGGAUGGCAAUACUCUAUUGCAUUCGAGCUUCAAGCAGCCGAGUUACUACCCAGCUAUACAUGUAGACCAUUAUAAUGAGAAUCAACCAGAGGAGCCAGUUUAUUUAGUAGAUACGCCACCAGAAGGUUCAUUUGGUAGUUUUAUGAAGAUUAAUGAUCUGAUACUUCUCUGUCCGUUCAGCAAAGAUGUCGAUAUUGCAAUACCAAUAGCAUUCAUGAAGGCAUUUAUUGGUGUACUACUUGAUUACUUUGGAAAGCUAAACGAGGGCGUGGUUCGGGAGAACUUCGAUAUCAUUUACCAGCUCAUGGAGGAAAUUCUCGAUAAUGGUUUCCCAGUCACAACAGAGACAGCCGUUCUCAGCGAUAUCGUUGUCCCGCCUUCAACACUAUCUAAACUCAUGUCAUCAGCUGGUAUGAACGUUAACAGUCAGUCGAACGUCAGACCAUACGCUUCGCCUAUCACUUGGAGAAAGGCUGGCGUGAAACAUAUUAACAAUGAGAUAUUUUUCAACAUUAUUGAACAGAUUGAUGCAAUCGUCGACAGAUCUGGUGCUAUCAUCACAGCAGAGCUGAAUGGGCGUUUGGAAUGCGAUUCGAGAUUAUCGGGUACACCUGAUAUUUUAUUGACUCUCAAAAAUUCACGACUGAUUGAAGAUUCCUCCCAACAUCCUUGCAUUAGAUACCAUCGUUGGCUCAAAGAACGCAUACUUUCAUUUGUACCCCCUGACGGUCGUUUCAGGCUUCUGUCGUAUACACCAGAGACAAAAGCCCGUUUACCGAUAACAAGCAAGUGUUCCAUGAAGGUCUCAUCGAAUGAGGGACAUUUCGAAGUCACACUAGCAAAUACCGUAGGCAAGACAAUUGAAGGUGUAGAAGUACAAAUUUUCCUUGGGCAUGGUGCUACAUCAGCACAAGGGGAGUCUAAGAAGAGGAAUUCACCAGUUGGUAGUAAAGGCACAAGUUUAUGCCAAUUCGAUCAAACUACGAAGGUGUUUAAAUGGUCGAUAUCUCAUAUAGAACCAAACACAAUACAUAAUCUAUCAACAAAUUUCAAAUCAAGUGAAGAAUCACCACGACCUGAUACUGCCUUUGGUGUUAAAUUUAGAAUACCACAACACUCAGCUACAGGUAUCCAAAUUGAAGGUGUGAAAAUAGCCGGUGAGGCUGGCUAUAAACCCUACAAGGGAUUCAAAGGUGAGCUAAAAAGUGGAAGCUAUGAAAUACGCUGGUGAAAACAGCUUAAAUUAUAGAUAUUGUAUUAUUGCAUAAGAUUUUCUCAAAAAGAGCUAAUCAAA